AAACCAAAGGACAAAGAGAAGAGGAAAUAUUCCUGCUCCAUGGGGAGACAGUACUGCCGCGUCACUAGUGGAGGACGAUUAUGGUAAGGCGCAUGUAUUCUCAAACUAUUACAUAUGUGUGAAUACCGUAGAAUCACCCUUUCCGUCAGUCCAAACGAAUGCACCCACACAAACACUGGACAGCGUGACCAUUAAAGAAAUCGAUGACUCUGGUCUGCUAAAUAAUCUUGAUAUAAGCAAAUCCACGAGACUUGAUGAACUGCAUCCAAGGUUACUGGAGGAAUUAGCUAACUUCGUUGAGAAUCCGCUAAGUAUUUGUUUUAAUCUAUCCGUAACCCAGGAUGGAUUGCCAAGAGACUGCAACAACUCCAUAGUAAGUUCCGUCUUCAAAACAGGUUCGAAACAUAGACUUGAGAGCUACUGACCUGUUAACCUAUCUAGCGUGGUUGUUAAAAUCUUAGAAAAGAUCAUUCGAAAGGAGCUGUUUAAGUACGUCGAUGAAAACCGGAUCCUUUCAGAGAAACAGCAUGGUUUCAGAAUAAGUUAUUCCUGUCUCACUAACUUAUUAGUCGCUCGUGAAAGCCGGUGCGCUCUUAGGGACCAGAUGUUACCUGUAGACGUAGCCUACACUGACUGCAGCAGAGCUUUUGACAAAGUUCCACACAAUCGGCUGUUAUAUAAGUUAAGAAAUGUCGGGGUUGUAGGCAAUCUAUUGAUGUGGAUAAAAGACUUCUUAGUUGGGCGCCAACAAAUAGUACGGGUGAAGUCAAAGUUGUUUAGCUGGGAAACUGUGCUUAGCGGAUUGCCUCAGGGUACAGUUUUGGGGCUAGUGUUGUUCCUCUUGCAUGAAAAUGACCUUUCUCGUCUCUUAUCUUACUAUAUGCUGACCAUGUCAAGAUAUCUAGAGCGGCAUUAAAAGUAAAGAUGAUAGUUGGGUGCCUCAAAUGACUUGGAAAAAUUAUCAGAAUGGUCUAAAAUUUUGCAGUUGCUGAUAAAUACUUCCAAGUGUAUUGUGGUGUACAUUAGUCAUCGAGGUAUAGAUACAUACACAGUGAAUAACGUUGAGUUACCCGUUGUCCAGACACACAAUGGCUUAGGAGUCAUCGUUAGCCAAGACUUAAAAAGCACUGCACACUGCCAUGCCAUAGCUGCCAAAAGUUUUGACACUUUGUGGUCAAUACGUAGGGCCUUUAGUCACAUCGAUGCUAAAACAUUUUUGACUUUGUACACAGUGUUAGUGCGUCCUAAAUUUGAGUACUACAUACAAACGGCUAGUCCCUGCUUAAAAAAGACAGUGAGUUUUUGGAAAAGGUUCAGAAAACAGUAACUAAGCUGAUUCCCAGAAAAGUGAUACUCCCGUAUUAUGCUCGACUAUUUGAUUGUCUAAACUAAACACAUUUUCGUUGUCAUAUAGAAGAACUAGAGGUGAUCUAAUUGCAGUAUUCAAACUACUUAGUUAUAAUAUUGCGCCUGACAUGCCCUGGUUUUUCUUGUCCUCCAAAACAGAAAUUUUACGAGGACACUCCAAAAAAGUUCACGAGCCCGGAACAAAUUACUUGUCAGUUGACCAUCGACUUUCCCAUCGAAUCAUCAACGAGUGGAAUUCAUUACGUCAGCACGUGGUUGAGACUCCAUCUGUCGAUUCUUUCAAAGAAAGUUGAAUUGACUGAGAGACCAUCAUUGCCAGGACUAACAAAGGCCAUCAAGCCUCCUGUCCUUUCCAAACUGAAACUGAUGUUGGACUGCAAGAACGAUUGCGUUUUGCUCUACUUUUGACAAAGGCGUUACAAAAGUUGGUGUAUGACCUUUGCUUAGCGUACAAUGACGUCUGAACACAUUGGAGUUGUUGAUGCUCUCCCGUACUUCGACAAAGGAUACGAUGAUCCUGGGAUUAGAGAAGCUGCAGCUCUUCUCGUCGAAGAGGAGAUGAAACGAUAUAGACCAACGAAAAAUUAUCUGGAACAUCUCCCUUCUUUAUCUGGUCCUAUUCAAAUGAAAUUUGAGACUGAGGUGAUGAAAGCUGAAUUUGACAGGCUCUCAAAUCGUUUGCCUAUGGAAAUGCUAAGUAUGAAACGUUACGAGCUACCCCCACCCCCGGCUGGAAAAAUGACCGAUGUGAAAGCAUGGCAAGACGCGAUGGAGAACGCUGAAGCACAGUUAGAACACCAAGCAACAAGAAUUGAGAAUUUAGAACUAAUGGCAGAUUAUGGAUGUAAUGCUUGGAAGCAAUACAAUAAUGUUUUGGAAAGCUCUCUGCAAAUUUACGAGAAGGAACUCUUAGAAAUAAGGCGAAAAAUCCAGGAAAUAAACUGGCGCCGUAAACAAGAGCAAACAGCUGCUGGAAGACAUCUCAAGGAAUUAGAAGAAUCGUGGGUCGGUUUGGUUGGCAAAAACUAUGAAAUCGAGCAAGCCAUAUCAGAACUAGAGCAGGAACUAGGUGUAUUUUCAGAACCAAUGGAUAGUGAAGAUCAGUGAAGUUGUAUAUAUAUGCAUAUUAAUAUACUUUGUUUUCUAAAUGUAAAAA